AUGGCAGGAAUAUGGAAGAAGAAGAAGUCAAAGCAGUCUUCACCUGAAAUAACGGAAUCUAAUUCAUAUAACAAAAUCACUUCUCAUUAUCCUGGACAACAACAGCCGCAACAAACAACACAUCAUUCUAACCAUUUACCACAUUAUCACACUCAAACACCAGGAGAACAGCCAUAUUAUCAGGAAACUCCAUCAAGCAACCAACAUUCAAGGAGUACCUCUCGCGACCAUAACUCCGCAAGUUCUAGUUAUUAUUUUCCUGAUUCCUCGAAUACAAGCACAAGUCGAGGUAUAGAAUCAGGUGCAAGUAGGAUAUCGGGAGCGUUUUCGCCAAGUGAACUUCAAGCCUGGGUGGGCAACUAUUAUAGAGAAACUUUUGGAGGGAAAAAUGAAUUACCACAACUGACUGAUGAGCAAAUUGAAGAAAUGUUCUUGGAGUUGAUGAACAAGCGAGACUUGAAAAAUCUAUCAGAAUCGCAAAGAAAAGCUAUGUUGGCUAUCCCAACUGAAAAAAAAUUGCUACUGAUAAAAAAUGACUUGUUACAGGAGAAGAAAACGAAACCUAAUUCGACAGAUAUUUUGAUCUCUUCUCAUGACAAAAACGCACCCGAAUGGUAUCUUAAAAGGAUUAUGGAUGGCACUAUAACUGUCCAACAUAUGAAUUCUUUAAGCGUUUCCUUAAGAACACUACCUAUAACAUGGGUCCGAUCAUUUAUCGACGCCAAAGGCUUAGAGGUUCUAGCAAAUCAUUUAAAUAGUAUUACUCGUAAAGCUAUAAAGCGAGAGGUUGAUUUGCAAAUGGAAUAUGAGAUUGUCAAAUGUUUAAAGUCCUUAUUAAACAACAGGUGGGGCGCCCAAGAAGCAUUAUCGCACCCAACAUGCAUUUACAGCAUAACAUUCUCCCUCGUCUCUCCUCAACUGAAUACUCGUAAGCUGGUAGCUGAGGUUCUUUCGUUCUUUUGUUACUGUGAAAUCCCGACUGGGCACAAUUUAGUAUUGGGAGGAUUUGAUCAACUUAUGCAAUUUCGAUCUGAACAUGGAAGAUUUGAUGCUUGGAUGAGAAUAUUGGAGAGCACAAUCGAUGGUCGUGGGCGUCAUGGCAGUUUAGUUAAUGCAGCUGAAGAAUACAAAAAAAGUGGAAUGGGAAUCGAUGGUUCAUUGAUGGAAUACGCGCUUGCGAACAUGAUCCUAGUUAACUCUAUCAUCGGAGUCUGUGAUGACGUAGAGAUUCGAGUACAUCUAAGGAAUCAGUUGCACGCCUGUGGCUUGACACGAAUCAUUGAUAAAAUGAAAGCGUUUAAUUAUGAAUUAAUUACUCGGCAAAUAAGUAAAUUUGAACGUGAAAGUGAAUUAGAUUAUGAAGAUGUGUUGGAUUUUUAUAAUCAACAGAUUAUGCAAGAUAUGACAUAUCCUUUAAUAUUGGGUACGCGUGCUUAUGACUUUUUUCUAUCGGCUAUGCAGCAUAUGCUGCUUAUUCGUAGUAAUGACGUUGAAGUAAGAACGAGAUAUUUUCAGCUUAUUGACUCGUUGAUCACCCAAGUUGUAAUGGAUAAACACGGGAUUGAUCAAGAAUGGAAUAAUUCAGUGGGUCUCACUGUCUCACAAGUGCUUUCUAAGAUGGCGGAUCAGGAUAAAAUUCAAGCUGCCCUCGAAGAAGCAAAAGAAGCUAAAGCUUUAGCGGAAAAGGCUUUGCAUGAAAAACACGAGUUACAAAAGGAGCUUGCUUCCAGAUCUGAUGAAACGGUAGGAGAGCUCAGGAAUAAAAUCGAUUCGCUUGAGGAACUUUUACGCAUUUCACGUCACACAAUACAAACGCUUCAACAAAAACUUAUCGAUCUAGAAGCAAGUUAUUACGAAAAGUUAACUGAACACAACGUUGAGCUUAGAGAUUUUGAGAGGAUAUUGAAAGAACAACAAAAUGCACCCGAUUCUGGAUCUAUGAAUCGACAAGAAAUUAUGAUGAAGUUGGAAAGAAUGCAAGAAAUUGCGAAGACCGAGGCGAAAUUAGUGGGAGGAAAAGUUUGGACCCCAACUUUCGGUGACUUUAAGAUGCCAGAUGCAAGUGAUUAUAUAUAUAAUCAAAAUGGUCACAAUGCAGCGACUACAGGUACCACCGAGUCACAAAGUACAUCAGCUGUUGGUCAUCCUCAAGGACAGGAUUCCCAAUCAAUGCCUAAUUACCCAUUAGGUUUUACAAUCCCAGACCAACCACAAAUGAAUUCAGAUUUGAUGAACGAUAUAAAGAAUUACAAGAGGAAGAAUGGCGGGAAAGUAGGAUCCCAAGAUGAUAGUUCAUCCGAUCUAAUUGAUGAUUCAGAAUCAAACGUAACUCAAGAUGAACAAAAUCGACUGCAAUCGGGUGUAUCCCUUGGUGACGAUAAGGUCCAGUCACAAUUAUCAUCAUCACAAGAUGUUGUACCAUCAUCUUCACUUGAACAAGUUACACAAGGACCGCCACUUUCCUCGCAGCAAGGAGUCCCAAUACCGCCAUCCUCCCCAAGCGGUCCACCACCACCGCCUCCUCCUCCAGGUAAAGGCGGUCCAGCCCCACCACGUUUUGGCGCCACAGCUCAACCACGUAAAGAACUUCCAUUUAUGGCAAAGAAGAAGCUGUUACAGCUUCAAUGGGAUAAACUUAAUACAUUAACUAUUAACAAGACAUUCUGGGGUCAAGCAAAUAUGAGUGAAGAAGAGCUUCUUCGCUUGCUUGGUGGCGAAUUUGGCGUUUUUGCCAGCAUUGAAGAACUUUUCGCCGCAAAGGAGCUUGCAUUAAAAAAAAAGAAGGCGGAAAAAAAAGAUGAAAUCAGUGUUCUUGAUCCGAAGAGAGCAUAUAAUAUUAAUGUUGUACUUGGACGGUAUAAGCAAGUUACAUUUGAGGAAAUACACAAAAAGAUCGUCGAGAUGGAUGAAUUCUUUUGUACGGAAAAUUUCCUUAGUCAGCUGAUGCAAUAUACACCAACGCCUGACGAACGUGGAAAAUUGGCAGUUUUUAAAGAAGGAACAGAGGAUUUUGAUAACUUGGCCCGCGCUGACCGAUUCUUUGUCGAGGUGAUGAAAAUUCAUCGAUAUGAACAACGACUGAAAUUCAUGUAUUUUUAUGUUACAUUUAGCGAGAAAUUCACGGAUCUAAAUGAUAGCAUUGUUUCAAUACUAAAUGCCUCUAUAGCCCUUAAAGAUUCAAAGCAUUUCAAGGAAUUGAUGAAUCUUAUACUAUUGCUUGGAAAUUACAUGAAUGGCUCAGGUCUAAAAGGUGGUGCAUUUGGUUUUAAGAUUGCAAGUAUAAACAAGCUUGUUGAUACCAAAGCUUCAAAUAAUUCGUCUAUUACUCUGCUGCAUUUCUUGGCUGAUACUGUUGAAGAAAAAACACCACAUAUACUUGGUUUCGCCGAAGAGUUAAAAGAUUGUGGGUCUGCGUGUAGAGUAUCUCAGCAAGAUAUGAUGAACGAGUAUCGAAUGAUGGGAACGAAAUUAAAUGACCUUGCUGUUGAAUUGCAAAUGCAUUAUACAGAUGUUGAACUAGAGGAGAAUGAUAAAUUCCCUGAAAUAAUGAAGGAAUUUGUUGUAAAAUCACAAGAAAAAUUCGAGCAGCUUCGAGUUAAAUACACCUCAAUGGAAGUUGCAUAUAAGGACGUUUUAUCUUACUUUGGCGAAGAUGUUAAAAACACGAAACCUGAUGAAUUUUUUGGAAUAUUUAAAACUUUUAUUACUUCAUUCGAGCGUGUAAGAUCCGAUAACAAGAAAGUCAAGGAACGCGAGUUAUCAGCCCAGAGGCGAAGAGAAGAAAUCGAAAAUCGGAAGAAACGUGCUGCUGCAACAAGUCCAGGUGUACAUGUUGGCGAAGGUGUUACUAUGGAUUCAUCAGAAGAGAAACAUUUGAUGGAUAAUUUAUUGGAAACCUUAAGAGACGGUAGAGAUUUGGACACAAGAAGCAGAAAUAGACGAGGUAAUAGGCGCGUUGCAAGGAGUAUGUCAAUUGCGUUAAAGGCAGAAUCCAUCUUAAAUAGACUUAAGGAAGACGCGCCACCGCUUCCCGAAAUGCCUAAACAAAUUGUUGCUGAAUAA